AUGCCGACUGACUGGGAGACAUGCUGUAGAAAGGGAGCUGCUACUACUGCUACUACUACUACUACUACUACUACUACUACUACCACUACUACUACUACUACUACUACUACUACCACUACCACCACCACUACUACUACCACUGCCACUACCACCACUACC